AUGGCUCACAAAAAUAAAACUGCAGUCCGGGACUUUGUUUUACUUGGGUUUCCAACCACAGCAGAUCUGCAAGUGCUUCUGUUCGUGAUAUUCCUUGUGAUCUAUGCCCUGACACUGCUGGAGAACAUCAUUAUCAUCACUGUGAUAAAAACCAACCCUCUGCUUAACAAACCUAUGUAUUUCUUCCUCAGUAACCUCUCUUUCUUGGAGACAUGGUAUGUCUGUGUGAUUGUCCCCAAGCUUUUGGUCAACUUCCUGGUGGAAGACAAGAGCAUCUCUUUUGAAGGGUGUAUGACUCAGCUCUACUUUUUCAGCUCCCUCAUAUGUACAGAGUGUGUCCUUCUUGCAGUCAUGGCAUAUGACCGAUACGUAGCUAUCUGCAAUCCAUUGCGUUAUCCAACUGUCAUGACCCAGCGUCUCUGCAUGCAGCUAGCGGUGGGUUCAUGGCUAAUUGGUUUCCUGGCCUCAAUGCUAAAGGUUGUCUUCAUAUCUCGCCUGCCAUUUUGUGGCCCUAACAUUAUUAACCACUUUUUCUGUGACAUUUCACCCUUGCUAAAUAUGGCAUGUGAAGAUAUGACAGUGGCUGAAAUUGUGGAUUUUGUCCUGGCCUUGAUCAUUCUGUUGUUCCCACUCCUGGUCACCAUUGUUUCUUAUAUCUGCAUUAUUGGCACCAUUUUGCGCAUUCCCACUGUGCAGGGUCGGAAGAAGGCUUUCUCCACAUGCGCUGCUCACCUCACUGUGGUAGUCAUCUUCUUCUCAGCUACUCUCUUCAUGUAUGCGCGGCCAAAGAGGAUCCACCCUUUUGAUCUCAACAAACUGGUAUCUGUUGUAUAUACCAUUGUCACACCAAUGUUGAACCCUUUCAUUUAUUGUUUGAGGAACCAAGAGGUCAAGGGAGCACUAAAGAAAGCUUUCAUGAGUACCUGGUCUCUCCCCAAAGCUUUAAUUCCUGUCACCAAUACUAAGUGGGACAGAUAG